AUGUCGUUUCCCGACGCCGCAACGAUCUUGAAGGACCACAAGAAGCUCUACUCCCCAGGAAAGAUCUUGCAUAUAACACCACAUGGAGCGCCAAAGCCCUGGGGGUGGAAGUUCUACCCGAUGCCACCAGACUUGGGUGACGAAGAAAUAGGACAAGCCGCAGCAGACAAGACGCUCACUCGCGCGGGCUUGGUCUUCCGAGAGAAGAACCAACCGCACAACCUUGAUCGGAGCAUCCAAAAGGACGAUUCGCUUAAAAUGAAGGUCGAAAUCCUCGCAGUUCAUGGAACCGGCCCCGGGACCUACUCUCCUGGUAUCCAGAAACUAAAGUGCAAGGUACUGGAGGUCCCUCUCACUCCGCCUCUUUACGAAAACCAGCGAACUCCGGCCGUUGGCGACGUUAUCUUCAUCAAAGCCUUCGACCCGAUGUUCUUUCCACGGGUGGUCGAUCCCAUGGAAGCUCACUUCAAGGUCACCGCCCGAGCAGACAUGGCAUUGAGCGACGAAGUCGGGGCUUAUGCAUUUCUGUACAAGCAUGGAAUGACUGGAGCCCCUCAUAUCGCACCUCAAUGGUUCGGGUGCUGGACUGCUGAAGUUCAGAGUACCGACCCCAACUUUCAAACCAGAUACGUCGGUGUCAUUGCUUUGGAGUUUAUUGACGGCAUCUGUCUGCAAAAGCUGUUUGUCAAGGAUGACGUCGGCAACCAGAUCUACGUUGGCGACAUGCCCGAUCUCGACGACGAUACGAAGACACUCCUCCAAGUGGACGUGGCCACUCGACUUGGCACGAUGAAAGAUCUUCUUGCCGGCGUUGUCAGACAGUACAAAAUUGGUCUGAGCCACUAUCACAUUCACCCGGAGAGUGUCAUCUUAACCUUCCGCCGUGGAUCUCAGGAUCUGGAGAGACCAAGAGUGUCUUUAGUUGGUUACACGAAAUCCGUCGUUCAUCCUCUCCGUGACCCGCCGCGCAACGUGUACGCCAACUACACGAGACCCAUUCACCCUUUCUACCGCUUCAACUACAGCAGGCUCGAGGCAUUCUUCAAUUGCCACUGGCUCCCACUGGGUUGGAAAACAAAUCACCCAAGGAUUUCUCCGCUGCUGAACUAUUGGCUGUUGAGAACAUUCGGUCCUCUCGACAGCGACGAGUACAGCACACUCAUCCGCCCGUCUCAUGGAACUGUUUCGGCUCAGCCCAUCGAAGACAGUCCGCUUCUCCACCCCUCUCAUGAACCUUUUCUAGCACAGAACAUAGAAAGCUCGGUUUUGCAGAAAAUGGACGAGGCCAUUUUCUUCGGCAAUUUGACUUCUGAGGGAGAAACGUCCGUUCCGACUCAGUCAUCCACCCCGAGAAACACAACAGCAGAUACCUAG